CUGUUCUUACGCUUUUUUCCCGCUGUUUGUUAUAAACUGCUAUUUCGCUUAUUGCAUUCCUAUGUCUCUAAUUCACAAACUGGAAGUAAACUCAAGGUGGCUGAUAUCACAUAUUAUGAAAGUUUACGUAAUGGGUUGCAAACCUGUUAUUGUAGAUGAUUUAGAAAUUUUGCACUUAAGUGACAAUUUCUUAGUUGUCAACAAACAAUGUGACAUAGCAAUCAAUUCUGAAUCAUCUGUUCAACAUCCUGUUACUGUAGCUACUCAGUUAAAUCAUAAAUUUAAAGCUCUAUCCGACCCAAGUGUAAAGUUUGGAUUUCGCUUUUGUCAUCGACUUGAUUAUUCUACGAGCGGUGUGUUGUGCAUUGCUUUAAAUAAAAAUGCUGCUAAGCAAAGUUAUCUAGCUAUGAGUUCUAAAAAAUCGGAGAAAUAUUAUUUAGCUUUAGUAUAUGGCCAUGUUCAAAGUGAGCAUUUAAUUGUGGACAAGCCAAUUGGCUAUGAUUCUAGACAAGAAUAUUCACAUUGCAUGUGUACAGCUGAUAAAGAAUAUUGCAUAAAUCCACGGUGGGCAGUUUCAAGAUUAUUAGUUCUUCAACAUGGUUUCUAUAAUGGCAGUCCAGCAUCAAAACUUUUACUGAAAUUAAUAACUGGCCGCCGUCAUCAGCUUCGUGUUCAUUGUCAUGAACUCGGACAUACCAUCAUAGGUGAUUACACAUAUAGUAAUAGAAAAGAUAUAUCUCCUUAUCGGAUGUUCCUGCAUUCAUAUAGAUUAGUUCUGCCAUCUGAAAUGGAAAAUCUGGACGUUUCUACUAAUGAUCCUUUUACGGAAAAUGAUUCUCGAAACAAGUGGUGUCCUGUACAAACUUUUCAUAAUUUGAAUGAUGAAACUUUUACUGUUGUAUAAAGUUUGUUGAAAUUUUUAAUUAAAUGUUUCUUUUUUAUUCUCAUU